AUGGGCCUGACUCAGACUGUUUUGGGUCGUGAAGUACUUCAGAGCCCUAUGAGUGGUGCCCUCAUCUAUUUCCUUUGCCCCAAAGAUGUGGACAGUGGCACCCCGAAAUACACCCUUCCUACUACGCUUGAUAAUAUUGGCCGUUCCUGGCUCAGCCAAACAAGGAUCUCGACCGACUGA